GGUGUUAAAUGGCUCGAGAAGAAUCCGAUGGGCAUAACCCCUCAUCAGCUGCCAAUUGGCUUAUUUUCUCAGGGCAUUCAUAUUUUUACAGCUAGUUACAGUAAAGAAACAAGAGACGUUGGCUGCAUCAAUCUUCUCUAGCCCUUCAGCUUUUCCCGAGCUGGGUAGAAUGGCGUUCUUUUACGUGCUUGGCGGGCGUUGUCAGUCUUCAGCUGUCAGGGGUAUGGCGCUUCGUGAACAAGGGCACGCGGUGUGGCAUAGGGCAUAGAUAGGGAGUGGUCCCUCGAGAAACCGAUGGAAAAGCCUACCUACGUUCGACUACCUACCUGUGAUGAUUAGGACGCCAGGUUCUUGGUAUAUUUCGUCCGUCUUCUUGCUUUUAAGCUGUAUCGUCUGCCUUUGCACAUCUUAGGUACUAUAUUCACCUACCUUGGGAGGUGUCAUUAAGGUUUUCUAUCCUUAGGCCUGAGUAUGAAAAGGUAGGAAUAAUGCCUCAUCUACUGUCGUCGCUCGUUUGGGCUUGCUUAAGCGCAUCAUUUGCGAGAGCGCAAGAGGUUGUUUAUGUUACUGAUCUUUCUAUUUUCACCGUAUUGGCCCCAUGUGCAGCGGCCGCAGUAUCUGAGAAUGUCCAGGCGCAAACAAAUCAAAACUGCCCCGAAGCAGUAACAGAUCUUCAAUCAUGUGUUUGCACGAAGAAUAACAACUUCGCCUCGAUAUCGACGGGGAUUUCGAGUUCAGUUAGUCGUAGUUGCGGUUCGACUGCGUCCGAAGACCAAGCGAGUGCGGCGAGCGUGUUUGACGCAUACUGUAACCAGGCCUCAAUUACACCUUUCCCAACUCCCUCUAAUCCAGUAACGCAAUAUAUUACCGACUUUGCAGCGUGGCAGGAUCUCGCGCCUUGCGCCGCGAGUGGAUUGGCUUACAUCGUUCAGAGUAUGACUUAUGAUCUAUGCCCUGCAGAGCCGAGCCUCCUCGCAACGUGUGUAUGCAAUAAGAACCAGAAUUCUUUGCUCGCUAGUCAGGGAAUCAACAAGUCCGUGAAAUCCUCAUGCUCAUCACAUGUUGAGGAUAUAGACUCGGCACAAGCUGUUUUUUCAGGCUACUGCGGGCUGAUCAAAGGAACCUCGUCAUUCCCAACAACUUCGGACCCCCCUGGCGACAUGACAUAUCAUAUUACCGCGCUACCUGAAUAUAGCUCGCUAGCCCCUUGCGCACAAUCUGCAGUGUCGUAUGGAGUACUAAGUCAAACCUAUGAUCUCUGUCCCGAUGGUCCAAAGGCCCUCGCAUCGUGCGCUUGUUUGAAAAGUGGCAUGUCUGGCUUUAUGCGUAAUGCCAUCACCUCUGAUGUGAAGUACUCAUGUGAUUCGACAGCGACCGAAGAUGUCAGUUCGGCAUUGCUGGUGUUCGACCUAUAUUGUAGUGCUGCCAAGGGGCUAACAACUCCAGCUGGAGUUACCGAAUCCUUGGAGCAAACAUCGAACGGUGGAGCUUCCGGACCGAAAGAGACCGGGGUUUCGGGGGGAUCCGGAAGUUCAAGCUCUCAAGGCAGCGGAGGGCCUUCAGAGUCCGGAGUGUUGAAUAGCGAUUCCGCCAACAAAUCUAAUACGGGUACAAUUGUUGGAGCUGUGGUUGGGGUCUUAGCCGCUCUUGCGCUUAUAGGCCUCGCAGUAUUUUUCUUCUGGAGACGACGGAGGUAUGGUAAGAACGGUGGUCAAACGGUGUCGCCACCUGUUGGUCCGGAAUACAGCGGGAAACCUGAGCUUGAUGGUAGCCAAAAUCUAGGUGUGCUGAAAAGCCAAGAAGUUACCCGGGUUGACAACGUUUCGCCAGUGUCCGCAUAUAGCUCACCUAAUACGUCGGAGCUUCAGGGACAUGCUGGAUAUCCUCAGCCACCCAUUCCACAGAUACCCGAGCUACGCGGUCAGAAUCAUGCAUCACAAAUGCCGAGUCCCAUCUCCCCAUACACUCCACAAGAGGCAUACGGUCAACCAGUACACGAAGCUCCAACUCAAAGUGAACCUCGAGUAUAUGAAGCGCAUGGUCAACCUAGGUCGGAACUCGAGAGUAUGGGAUGGCAAUCCGGACCCGUGACGGAGUUUCACGAGAUGGACGGGGGCUAUAAACGACAAUAGUUGAUGGCACCUAGAGACUGCCGUGGAAGUAAUAAAGGGAC